ACGAGUUGUAACAAGAUGAAUAACACGAGCCUAAAAGUUUUAACACGAGCGGCACGAGCCCUGCGUUUAGAACUUCCUUCUUGCGCUCAUGCCUUCGAUCUUGAUCAGAAUGCAGACGAGGUCGUUCGUUUUUUAGUGGGAGUCGACUUGCUUCAUGAGUGGUAUCAACGCAAGCUAGCGCUAUCCUCCAUUGUUGCGACUGUGCAAACGCAAAUCGAAGCCAAACAAGAGAAAGAACUUCAGCAGAGGAAGAUGCAGGAGGACAAAGAAGUAGACCAAGUAGUAGAACUUCUAGGUAGGAAGCAGAUGGAAGUAGACGAAGAUGACAUCGGGAGCGGGGGUCCACUACAGAAUAUACUGGGAGGUGAAGAUUCUAUUGCUAUUGGUGAACAGGAGACGAUCCUCCAAAACAAGGCACAACAGGAAGAUCAGCUUGUUCGUGCGCUGAUGCUGAAGUGCCUGCAAAAGUCAUGGACAUCAAGCAGUGCUGACAACUAUAGCGAUGAAGAGAAUGCUCUUUUGAAUUGCGCAAAGAUUCGGUUGGAAGGCCUCCGAGAACUCUUGGACAAUCUAAAAAUCAGCCACCGCAAAGAGGAGCAUUGCACUGCCCGCAAAGCAAAAAGAAAGAAAUUGAAUCCGCCAUCAACCACAUCUUCGAAUAGCUCUAGUUCUAGUAUGGUACCAUCUGGACGACCUGUAGGUGCUGAUUCUUCAAACGGCGAUGGGCUCCCUGAUGACGAAGUAGAAGAUCAUCUUCAAGAGGAUCUUAGCGCGCCGCGUUUAGCCAAGGACGGGACACCUUUCUUUAAACUGCCAGCUAACGUCGCUAUCUUGGAUUGCGACACCAGCUUGGAUACGGCGGAAAAGUUCUACGAAUUCGUCUUAAACGUAAACACGGGUAGCGGCGGUUCUUCUCCUUUUCUCGUAUGCGGUCGCAUUCCUAUCGGAAUCGAUUGUGAGUGGGGCAAUGGUGUUGUCCGAUCUUCAGUACAAGCAGCAAUUGCUGCGAUGGACGGAAACCAUCCCGCUGCAACAGUCAAAGCUGGUAAGACAAACCACAGCAGUGUAGCGCUGGUGCAGUUGGCUGUGAGUGACUCGACAGUUUUCCUCUACGAUUUUUUGAAUCCAGAACACAGAACAGCAUUUGGCAGACAGGUGCUAGGGAACAGUGAGAAAUUCACAGUGUUGGGCUUCGGGUUGAAGGAGGACCUGAAGAGACUUCAACAAGGAGUAAACCUGAAUGUGGAGAAGGAGGAGAGGAACAAGGAGACCACCAAGACCAACAAUCCUGGUGUUGAUUCUCUAGAUGUCAAGACUCUUCUGCAGACGCACGAUCUGCAACGGGAUAAGCGAGUUGGCUUAGCUAGGGAAGUGCAUCGUUCUUUAGGAGUGCACAUUGACAAGAGGCAACAGCGCAGCAACUGGGAGCGGCGGCCACUACAUGAUGCUCAGCGUCAAUAUGCCGCUCUAGACGCUUGGAUUCUACUUUCUUUGGCUAAAGCUCACGCGGGUAAGGCAGGGACUUCCGUUCUUAAAACCCUACGCCAAGAAGCUGUAGCAGAAAAAGCCGUAGAUGGAGGCGCCUAAAACAGAAGUGACGAUUUUUGAUUUAUCCUUUCUUAGUGUUUUAUUCAUCUAAGUCUACUGUGAGACGAAUUACUCACUUGAUUUCCCCCGUUUAACUGUAAACGUAGACGUAUUUCCCUACCUCGAUAAUUUAAGGAAAAUGCUCAGAAGCAAUGGCAAGGAC